CCGAUCGGCAUUCCCGAUCCCACUCUCACCAGCAGUCUGUCCCUGUGCAACUUCCAGGCUUCUCUGCCCGCAUUCUCGUCUCGUCUCAACCCGGCUACUAGCUGAUCUCGAAUCACAACCAUGUGUGGUAUCUUUGCUGUCUUUGGCUACGGCGGAAACAUCGACGCCUUCCGAUCAACAGCCGUGCAGCUGUCGAAAAAAGUCCGCCAUCGUGGCCCCGACUGGUCGGGUGUCAAGGUGUCUGGCAACAACAUUCUGUGCCACGAACGUCUUGCCAUCGUUGGUGUUGACUCUGGCGCCCAGCCCCUGACCAACGAAGACGACACCAUCAUCCUGGCUGUCAACGGUGAGAUCUACAACCACAUCACUCUCCGCGACCAACUGAAACAAGAGCACACCUUCAAGACCCACUCGGACUGUGAGAUUAUCCUGCAUCUGUACGAGGAGUACGGCGAGAAGGUCGUCUCGAUGCUCGAUGGCAUGUUCAGCUUCGUCCUCUACGACAGCAAGAAGGACCUGUACCUCGCCGCCCGCGACCACAUCGGCAUCACCACCCUGUACCAGGGCUGGAGCGCCUCGGACAACUCGCUGUGGUUCGGCUCGGAAAUGAAGUCGCUCAGCGAGCACUGCAAGCGCAUCGUUGCCUUCCCGCCCGGCCAUUACUACAUCAGCACCACCGGCAAGCACCAGCAGUACUACCACCCCGAGUGGUUCAACCAUCCCCAGCAGGGCCUCCCCGUUCUUGCUGACGAACAAAAGGUCAACACCCCCGAGGAGGACACCGCUAUGUACACCGCCAUCCGAACAACCCUGGAAAAGGCCGUCAAGAAGCGUCUGAUGAGUGAGGUGCCCUACGGCGUCCUGCUCAGCGGUGGCCUGGACUCGUCGCUCAUUGCUGCCAUCGCUAUGCGCCAGCGCAAGAGAGCCAACGAGGAGGAGUUCACCGGCCAGCACACCGUCGACCCCGAUGAUGAUGGCGACACCAGCGUCGCCAUUUCGAUUUCCUCGGCCUGGCCCCGCCUGCACUCAUUCUCCAUUGGCCUGCCCGGUUCGCCCGAUCUGAUCGCUGCUCGCCGUGCCGCCAGCUUCCUCAAAACCCUCCACCACGAGUACACCUUUACUCUGCAAGAGGGCAUCGACGCCCUCGAGGACGUCAUCUACCACCUCGAGACCUACGACGUCACCACCAUCCGCGCCUCGACUCCCAUGUACCUGCUCUCGCGCAAGAUCAAGGCCAUGGGCGUCAAGAUGGUUCUCAGUGGCGAAGGCAGUGACGAAAUCUUUGGUGGCUACCUUUACUUCCACAACGCCCCCAGUGCCCAGGCCAUCCACCACGAGACCAUCUCGCGUGUCCAGAACCUCCAUACCAGCGACUGUCUCCGCGCCAACAAGUCGACGAUGGCCUGGGGUCUCGAGGCCCGUGUGCCCUUCCUGGACAAGGCCUUCCUGGAUGUGUGCAUGCAAAAGAUCCCGGCCAACCACAAGCUGACCAAGCAGGGCCCCUACCACCACAAGAUGGAGAAGUACGUUCUGCGCAAGGCCUUCGACACUCCCGAGAACCCUUACCUGCCCGAUGAGAUUCUGUGGCGCCAGAAGGAGCAGUUCUCGGAUGGCGUUGGCUACAGCUGGAUCGACGGCCUCAAGGACCACUCGGCCACCUCUGUCUCGGACGAGGACUUUGCUACCGCUGCCACCCGCUUCCCCCACGACACCCCCACGACCAAGGAGGCCUACUUUUACCGCACCAUCUUUGAGCGACUCUUCCCUCAGGAAGCCUGCCUCGAGAGCGUCGUCCGAUGGAUUCCCCGACGCGACUGGGGCUGUGCCGAGGAUCCUUCCGGUCGUGCUCAGAAGGGCCAUCUUGAGGCUCGUCCUGACCUCUUCUAAACGCGAAUGCCUCAGGUUUUCCUUUGGCUUGUUGAUGAAGCCAAUUUUACGUCUAGAGCGCACCCAAAAGCGAAACGAGACGCCCCUGUUUUGGGUCUUUGUUCUGGGUCUUGAAUAUACACCCACUCACCAUGUCCAAAA